UAAUUAUCAAUUUUGUUUCCUUUUUGUAAAACUAAUGCUUUAAAAAGAUAUUUUUCUUUCUUUAAACUUUAUGAAGGUGGUUACAAUUUGUAAAAAAAAAAAAAAAAAGUCACGCGAGAAAAACUGAAUCUGUUAACUGUUUAUAUUAUCGAAGUAAGAAAUAAAUAUAAACAGAAGGAAUUGACAGACAUAUAUACAUUUAGGCGCACACACACGCACACAAAUUUAUUUUAAAAAAGGUCUAGGAGAAUUUUAUUUUAAAAGUGAAUCAUCCUGCAGGAUACAUUCAGACGCCAGGAUGGGACACGACCAGGACAUACCCUGACUUCUUGUACGGCUCAGUUGAUGUGCAAGUUCCCAAGAACCAUGGGGUGAUGUUGAGCGGUUCGGGCCUGGAGCUGAGCUGGGACCAGUCUUCAGCCUGUCAGAACGAGUACCUGAUGAUAGUGUCCGGGAACAGCUCGGCUGUGUGGACUGGCUGCCAGGGACCCUUGCCCCCAACUUUACUGUUUCUGGACAUCGUCAAAGUGGUCUUCAAGGGCUUGCAGGCUUCUGGACGGAGAGGGUUUCGUCUGUUGUUCUCCUUUCACAAUUUCUCUUCCUUACCCGAGAAGGUAUCCCUAACGAAAUGGAACUGUUCUGUUCCAUUUUUCUCCGACUUCAUGCAACAUUUCCCUUGUGACCUCGUGGCCCAGUGUGUGGGUGGAGAGGAUGAGAUGAACUGUCCUUACUCUAAAGUGUGUGGAAGUGGGUAUAUCUUUGUAGGGGGGAUGUGUCUUGUCUACAUUGUACCGGACAGGUCCUACAGCUGGAACGAAGCCUCAGAAGCAUGUAUGAUCCGGGACCUUCGUUUGGCGACCCUAAACACCCGGAGGAAGUGGAAGGAAGUUACGAGUCUGAUGAACCUCAAAUCCUCGUCACGUGUCUAUGUGGGACUCACUUCGUCCCUGAAUACACUGCCGCAAAUGUACAAGGACACCACACAGUGGACCGAUGGCUCCAUUGCCUACUUUGUCAACGUGCUUCACUCCACGACCAAGAUCCGAACCCGCAGAAUGUGCGCUUACCUCUCCCGCACCCUUGCGUCUGGCACUGACCCCAGUUUUCUUACCUACACCCUGACCACGUGCGCCUCCAGUCUACAAGCUGGCGUUCUUUGCGAGAAACCUGGGUCUUUAAGCCAAGCACUUCCGGUUGAGCAGGUCACGAUACCUAGUUAUACUUACAAGAACACUGAUUGGCCAGCAUCUUUCAGUCACGUGACAUGCUCGCUAGGCCACGUUGCACACGAAUUUCUGGCUUGCGACACUAAGUCCAGCUGUAUUUUGGAUGAUGGGGAUGCGGAAACCAUUUGUCCUCGCGCUAUGUUGCAUCAGUCGUUGAAGACGAUCACGAGAUACGACGAGGCGCGCCCGCCCAUGUUCGAGUGCGCGAGCGGCGCUGAUGACGUCCCUUACACCCUCGUGUGUGACCGUCGGCCAGACUGCGAGGACAGGAGCGACGAGGACUUCUGCCUGUUUCCCGUUUGUCCAGUGAGGGUAGCCUUCCCCUGCAGCUAUGAUCAGUGUGUACCCAUGGGAGAGUACUGUGACGGACUGGAACAGUGUUUCAACGGGGCUGAUGAAGAUUCCUGUGAGAUCAACUCACUUUACAGGAAAGACGCAGACAUAUCUUUGCCCGCCAUCGUGAACAUGACCGGCAAGGGUAGCUUCAACAUCGAAAUCCACCCGGACUCUGGCUUUGCCUGCCCACCCACGCACUUCCGUUGUCCGGGGGAUGACGUCUUCUGUCUUCCGGUGUUCCUCCGCUGCAACGACGUCUACGACUGUCCGGGCCACGAAGACGAGGCGAGGUGCGAUGACUACACCUGCCCCGGCCUGUACCGCUGUCGCGGCUCUCGCACCUGCCUGCACGUGACCUACCUGUGUGACGGCGUGCCCCAGUGCCGGAGCGUGACGACGACUCUUGUGCGACUCCCGUGUCCUACUGGCUGCACGUGCUAUGCCUUGCCUUCUUCUGUCGCAGCACCUUUGCUGUCGGUCUCUAUACCAACCUCCGGUUUCUUCACGCUCGUGGCGUAG